AUGACUGUUCAUAUUGCUUCAUCGUUCUCUUUUUGUCAAAAUGUAGCAAACGAGAAUGAAGAGGAAUGUCAAGAGGAACAAUAUUUCCUCUGUCCGCAUUGCAACUUAUGGCUUUGUAUUCCACACAAUCUUGAACAUCAACAAAUUAUACAGACGAGUGCUCAUGAAUUUAAUGAUCGUGUCAACCAAGUACGCCAGCAAUUGACUGACAUAUCUAUUGAUUACAUUUAUGAAGAUUGUAACAAGAAAAUUGACGACUGGCGAGACCAAAUGCUGGCAGAAAUCAAAAAUAGACAUUCUGAAAUGUUUCAGCAUUUGAAUAAAUUAUAUAAUGAACUCACGGAAGAAAUUAAAGAAUUUAAAGAGAAAAAAAUUGAAUUAUUUACACACGAAUUUAUUGAACCACUGGCUCAUAUGCUUACGAAACAAAAACAAGUUCAUCCGGAAAAAUUGAAAGCAUUGGUAGCACAAUUGAAAUCACUCGAAGAAAAAAUUGAACUUAUUAAAAUACCUGAUCUAAUUCAAAUGAAUCUUGAUGAAAUAAAAUUAAAUGGAAAAAUCAAUUUUACACGGCAGCAUCCAUGCGAUGAAAUAGAUGCGACAUUGAAUCGUCGUCAAUUGCUGGAGCUCGAUUGUGUUAAUCAGAAAGAAUAUCAUCGUUUUUCAUUGAAAAAAAAUAGUAAAGCAUUAGCAGCAUCGAGCAAUUUCAUUCUAGCAUUCGAAAGUCCGUCAACAUUACUUUUAUUUGAUAAAAAAAGUCCACUUCGAUCUAUCGAUACCAAAGGCAACAAAGUAUGGGAUAUUUGUUGGUCUGAAGCUAUGAAAAUAUUUCUGAUUGCUGGAAAAAAACUUCAAAUCUAUGAUAUUAUUCAUGAUGAACUAGCCGACACGUCUAUUGAAAAUCCACACAAUGGAUCUGAUAUUUGGUCUGUUACGAGUUAUCUUCAUGAUGUGCUUUUGCUAGACAACGAUGGUUUCAUCAAACGUUACUCGUGUCCUUCAUUUAAAUUAAAAGCAUCAUGGCCAGAAAAAGUUUAUCUUCGAGAAAAUAAUGAUACUGGAGCAGCACAAAUUCGUCUUAAUAAUAUUGGCAUAUUAGCAAUAAGUAUUAAACAAGAAGAUUUACAUUGGCGUAUAGAUUUGUUUGAUGUACAGAUGCAACGAAUCCAUCGUGGUAUUCCUCUAACUAACAAUGGAACAGCUGACUUGUGGGAUAUUCCGUUUAUUUCUUUAAAUAAUAAUGAAUGGCUUGUAAUGGAUCUUCGCUCUAUGCCUCAAAUGUUGUUAUUAGUUGAUGAAAAUGGGAAAAUUCAACAGCAAGUUGAGAGAGGAGGAUCCAAUGUGGCUUUGAUGGGUAGAACAUAUCUUGUUUUGCGUGAUAGCACAGGCUUACAAUUAUAUAAAGUUUCACAAGAAUCAUAA